AUGCAGAAAAUAAAUUUCCAAGAAGAUUGGAAACUCAUAACCAUUUUUAUAGGAGGAAAUGACCUUUGUGAUUAUUGUAAUGAUUCUGUACGUUCUUCUCCUGAGUACUACAUAAAUAGUAUACAGUCAUCUCUGGAUAUACUCCAUAAAGAGGUCCCUCGUGCAUUUGUGAACCUGGCAACAGUUCUUGAUGUGAUACCUGUGAGGAAAUUGUAUCAGGAGAAGAGCAUUUACUGCCCAAGAUUGAUUAUGAGGGCACUGUGUCCAUGCAUUUUCAAACCUAAUGACAAUUCCUCUGAAAUUGAGAAGUUGGAGUUUUUAAAUCGAAGAUAUCAGGAAGAAACGCAUCGCUUAAUCGAGAGUGGAAGGUAUGACACAAGAGAAGAUUUCACUGUGGUUGUGCAGCCACUUUUCGAAAAACCAGAAAUGCCUAUGACUCCG